AUGAAUGGGCUACUAGAAAACGGUAUCAAACUUUCUGAUAUUGCUCAGGAGUUGCAUGGCAAGAUGAUUGCCCAAGAAGCGGGUAAGCUGUUCUCUCAACAGGAACUACAGUCCAUAAUCGGCUCUACUUCUUUAAGCAAUCUCAUGGCAUAUGUACAGGAGCUCUUGGAUAAGAAUCUUAUUCGACUUGUGAAGCAGAAUAACGAACUCAAGUUUCAGGCUGUUCAUGUUUCGGAAGCACAGAAGAAAUCCGGAAUGAGUUCUGAUGAGUCUCUAGUGUAUUCAUAUAUCGAAGCAAGCGGGAGAGAGGGUAUUUGGACCAAGACUAUUAAGGCUAAAACGAAUUUACAUCAGCACGUCGUUUUAAAAUGUCUAAAAUCUUUGGAAUCUCAGCGGUAUGUGAAGUCUGUGAAAAGUGUGAAGUACCCUACCAGAAAAAUCUACAUGUUAUACAAUCUACAGCCAUCUAUAGACGUCACAGGUGGCCCAUGGUUCACUGAUAGUGAGCUAGAUGUAGAAUUUAUUAACAGCUUGCUGACUAUUGUGUGGCGCCAUACAUCGGAACGUACAUACCCGAAUGGGUUCAAUAACUUUAAUGGCAGUCGAGGCAAAGAAUUGCUUUAUACACAUAAUGUUAAAAACUAUUCUACUACAGAUGAGAUUCUAGAAUUCAUCAGUGGCGCUCGGGUUUCCACUGUUGAUCUGUCUAAACCUGAUAUUCGUUCUCUAUGUGAAGUAUUGGUAUAUGAUGAUAAGUUAGAAAAGGUUGCAUUCGACUGUUAUCGCGUCACGCUUCAAAGCGUGCUACAAAUGGCACAACCAAUCAGUGAUCCUUUUAACUCUACCAAAGAUGACAACGAGGAUUUCUCUAUAUUUGACUAUUAUAACUCGAUUGCACCUUCCGCAGGCGAUAAAGAAGCCGUCUACAUUGACGAGUGGACCCUGUGA